UUUUACAUACCUAGCAGUCACUGUAAUGACACAUCUCCUCUCACACAGUAUUUCAUUAACUAUGAGUUGAUCUGGGGAGUUGAGAUUGUGUUAAAUGCUACACAGGAUGGCUGCUGUGACAUUAUCUUUGGUUUCUCUUCUAUGCUGGUUAAGUUUUGGUGAUGUACAUGGAAAUGAGAAGAUAUCCUCAGAAAACAUCACUCGUAUUUUAGAUCGACUUCUGGAUGGCUAUGACAACAGAUUGCGCCCUGGAUCUGGAGGUGGUGUCACAGAGGUGAAGACGGACAUCUUUGUCACCAGCUUUGGACCCGUUUCAGAUGUUGAGAUGGAGUACACCAUGGACAUGUUUUUCCGCCAAAUGUGGGUUGAUGAGCGUCUGAAGUACGAGGGCCCCAUCGAAAUCCUGCGGCUGAACAACCUUAUGGUGGAAAAGAUCUGGACGCCGGAUACUUUUUUCAGAAACUCCAAGAAGUCCAUUUCACAUAACAUGACCACACCCAACAAGCUUUUCCGCAUCAUGCAAAAUGGAACUGUCCUCUACACUAUGAGACUGACGAUCAGUGCAGAAUGUCCAAUGAGGCUGAUGGACUUCCCUAUGGAUGGCCACUCCUGUCCACUCAGAUUUGGAAGCUACGCCUACACAAGCAGUGAAAUUAUUUUCACGUGGAGGAAGGGACCAAUAGCAUCAGUCGAGUGUCCUAAAGAGUCCAUGAGUCUUCUGCAGUAUGAUCUGGUGGGACAGACCUUGUCCAGUGAGAUAUUCAAAUCAAACACAGGUCACUACUCUGUGCAGGUGGUCCAUUUCCACCUCCAGAGGAAGCUGGGCUACUACCUCAUACAGACCUACAUCCCCCUCAUAAUGGUUGUUGUGCUGUCACAAGUCUCUUUUUGGAUUAACAAGGAGUCUGUUCCCGCACGGACAGUUGCUGGCAUCACCACAGUGUUGACCAUGACCACCUUGAGCAUCAGUGCCCGCCAGUCGCUUCCCAAAGUGGCCUAUGCCACUGCCAUGGAUUGGUUCAUCGCUGUGUGUUUUGCCUUUGUGGCGUCGGCCCUCGUUGAGUUUGCAGCAGUGAACUACUUCGCCACCCUCCAGGCCAACCGUCUGAACAAACAAAAAGCCAGACAAGACAAUCUGGAGGUGCUGGCAACCGGCAGUGAUGAGGACGACAAUGUUUCAUCGGACAGCAGUCCUCAGGAAGGCCUGAAGAGGAGAAACCACUCAGUGUGCCGCAGUGAACCACGAGAGGCUACGCCACUGCCCAUCUUCAUGCAGCAGGGCUCAGCUGUCCCUCAAAUCCCACAGCUGGCUGGCACCAGCCCCAUUGACAAGUACGCCCGCAUCCUCUUCCCCCUGACUUUCGCCCUCUUCAACUUCAUCUACUGGUACAUCUACCUGGCCAAGGACACCAUGGAGAAAGCCAGAGACAUGGAUCUUAACUGAGAGGACCUGGAAAAGGGCACGUGCAGCCGGAGAGACCUUCAGCAUCCAUCCAUCCAUCCAUCCAUCCGUUCUCACAUCACCCUGCUCACUCUCUCUCUUUCUCUCUCUGUGAACAAGCUCUUUGCAUUCACUCUGCUCUCGUCUGACAGAGGAAAUGAAUCAGAAACUCAUUUAUUCUCCUGCUGCACAUCUAUUCAUUUCACAGGCUGUGACCACUGCCCACUUGUGUUCUGAUCAGUAGUUGAAGAGCUGCCCUUCACGGGCCUCAAUCACUUUAAACAUAUACUGUACACGCACAACUUCUUACACCGCUGGAACAAGACCGACAUCACACACACAAAACAGGAAACAUCAAAUAGAAGGGGAUGAUAUAAUCUAUGAUGGCUGUAACUGCUGGUGAUGCAACUGUGAACCAAUGCUUCCAGAAGCCUGCCCUCUACAGAAGCGCAGCUACCCCUACAACAAGAUCAAAGGCAAUUUAGAGGCCACUUGCAUCCCUCCUCCUCAUGGCCUCAAAAAUGUGCUCAAACCUGAGGAAAUUAAUUGUGGGAUUGUGUUUUAAACACCAUCUUUGCAGCUGUGGCACUGUCAAACCUGCCUUUUCCUUGUGCUGCAGCUCCACUGGAAACAUAGUGGGGGGGGAUAGCAUAUGACACCUUUAUUUGUGUCUCUGUGUUCCUGUCAUUAGUUUGCUAUUUUUGUGUGAGUGGCACAGGAUUUGUCAGAAACCAUAUUUUUGUACAUAGUCAAUCUGUGGUUGAUGCAUAACAUGGAACAGGGGGGGGGCGGGGGGCUUGAUCGUAAGGUGUUGGUGGGAUCAGUGCACCCACACAGCUGUUUGACCUUGUCAGGAUUCAGACAAAUUCAUGUGUCACACAAUAAACAAAUAACAGUAAAACAAGCUCAACAUUAA